AUGGCCCCGCCCUGGCUGAGCCGCUUCGCACUCAUCUCCAGCGUCGUCGCCGCGUCCGCCAUCGUGCGCCGUAGCGCCGCGCUGCGCUCUCACCUCGCGCGAAUUCUCGGUGUGACGCGGUGGCACGUGCCACGCGUCGAUGGUGUGAUCGAGGCGGACGUGGCAAUCGCCGGCGCGGGCUUGGGCGGGUUGGCGCUUAGCGCUGCGCUCCGCCGGCGAGGGUUUCGGGUCGUCGUUCUGGAGCGCGCUGCCGCGGCGCGCUACACCAGUCAGGGCACGAUUGCGCUCUGGCCCAACGGGCUGGCGGCAUUGGAGGCGGCUGGCGGGGCUCGGCUGCCAGCCGCGGUCUCCAAGCGGGGAGUGGCCGUCGAAGCAACCGAGAUUCUGAACUGCGGCCUCCACGGCAGCGAGAGCACGCGGCGCAUCGAGGUUGGGUCACACGGCGUCAGCGCCUUUUUUAUACCGUGGGCCAAGGUUCAACAGGAGCUGAUGGCUGCGGCGGAGGAGGGCGAGGCUGUGGGCGGAGCCGUGCGAGGGCCGUGGCUUCUGGAGUCGUGGACCUUGGACGGGAGGGGCGUGCUCGGUGCCCUGAGCAGCGCGCUGCGCCGGUGGCGAUCCCCGCCCUGGCUGAUGUGCUCUCACGAGGCGGCUGGCUUUGCGGAGGACGCGGAGGCUGUGGAGGGCAGCCCCGGCGGCGGCGUCGACCUCGAGCGGAUCAACGACUACAGCACGACCAACUGGAACGCGAUCCUGCGCCACGCCGCCAUCCCCGGCCCACCGGUGGUGCCCCGAGGCGAGUCGCGCAUCCUCAACCUCGCCUCGCCAAAGCUCUCCUGCUACCUCGUCGACUGCGGCGAGGGGGAGCUGUUCUGGCAGAUCCGGCAGGCGGACGCGGCGUGGGGGCACGCGCAGCGCGGCGCAGGGCUCGGGCGGCCGGGCAUCAAGGCGAGGCUCCUCUCUCUCUUCGACGAGGCGGAGACCGCUGCCGGCGUCGGCGCGAGAGACAUUCUGCGGGUGAUUCGCGCGACGGCGGAGGAGGGGAUCUUCGAGAGGCGCAUCUUCGACACGCAGCCGCUGCCGGCCUGGUCCUCCGCAGCCGGGCGCGUGACGCUGCUCGGCGACGCGGCGCACGCUCUCCACCCCACCCCCGGCCAAGGCGCCAACCAGGCCUUCGAGGAUGCCGCGGCCCUCGCAGAGGCGCUCUGCGACGCAGCCGACCGCACGGGCGGCGGACGGCGGCUCCGGGCCGAGGACGUGCCGGCGGCCGUCGCCACGUACGAGGAGCGCCGCCGCCGCAGGGCAACCGCAGUGCAGGCGUGGGCGGCAGGCGGCGGCCGCCGGCAGCGAGACGGCACCUGGCAGCGCACAAAGCCAGGGCCGGAGGCGGAGGCGUUCCGGCAGUGGGUGCUGAAGUACCCGGCGCCGGGCGAGGAGGCGAGCGUACCUCCUGUUCCCAACGACAUUUCGAAGUGAAGCAUGCAUGUCGACCACGUUUGAGAGCAUGUCACCCAUGUGCGAGCUGCACGAGCCACGACGGCUGUGAGGGUGUCCGGCGUCCGCCCGCACGCGAGGCGCAUAUUUGUUUAUUGAUAUUGUAUAAUCUAAGUGUCGCAAGUGCAAUUCA